AUACAUAAUCUUAAACGGGAAACACUGUUUAAUUUCUCAAAAAUGCGAGUUUGAUUUUCGGAAAUGUCAACACGAUAUCAAAUACACAUAUACAUUCGAGAUAACAAUAUUUAUAUAUAAAUACGUACACUAAAGCGAUAUAUCGUAAAUAUUUUUUAGUUUUGUAAUUUUAGGUUUUAAAUUAUCAUUCUCUUGUGUGCGCAUAUCGCUUUAUUUAUUUCCACAUACACUUGCAUGACACAAUGAAAGAAAAUUUAAACUCGCCAUAAUUCGUUGAUCACCUCAAAAGCAUGAAAAUUAAUAAAUUCGAUUGGCAAACUAUAAUUGCGCGAAUAACAAAAUUGAAUUACGCGCCAUUUACGUCAUGAGAUCACAUGACAUUGCUAUGCGUUAUGAGAUCACGUGACACUGCGCCAUGCGUCAUGAGAUCACGUGACAGAUUCCGAGGCGCCAUCUUAAAAUUCGUCGCAUUUGCAUUUGUGUAAUUCAAACACAUCGAAUAGCGCGUGCAGGCGCGUACGUAUUUAUUUCUUAAAAUUCCGCAAAGUCCAAGAUCUCAAGUCACGCAACAGCAUUUGAAUGACGAGAAAAAUAUUUAUUCGAAGAAAAAGAGAUUGAUUUGAAGAGGAAAAAAAUUAUUGUCAAGUCAUCAACGUGGACGAUUCGGACAUCAAAAAGAUAUACAUAUGUGUUGACAAUAAGAAUCUUUUUGACACAAAAAUACCUCCUAAAGUGUCAAUAAAACUUCGGAAGCAUAAAAUCGUCGCCCCUGAAGUAUCAUGACGUAACGAAGAGGCGUAGUAAAAAAAAAAAAAAAAAAAAACGCUGGCUAACUGAUGGGAGAGACGCAGAGUCGCUGAGAAUCGCUAUCGCUGGCAAGCUGCUCCUAUCACAGUCUCUCGAAUCGGAAACUGAUAACACCAGACCGGAAGUACUUGCAAAUUUGUACCGAACAGCGCCAAUCAGACGAUCCUUGUUACGACAGCGAAAAUAUGGGUUUCAAUCCUAUGAAAUGGAAAACAAGAACCAUCGUGCAUGGUAUUUUAGGUUUUGCUUUUUAUAUACUAUUUGUUUAUAAGAAGAAACAUCAAGUGAUGUUCGAGGGCAUCGUAAAUAAUUCAAAUCCUAAGCACGUGUGGGAAUUCAUGGCCGAUUUUAGCAACAUGAAAAAAUUAAAUCCAACAAUAGAGGAUUUUAAUAUAAUCGCAGAAAGCGGAAAUUACGAUCAUUGGAAAUAUUCCGUACAGUACACGGAACAUUUAAGUCAUUUGCCGAUGAUCCGGAACGUAGCACACGGACACUACGCCGUCAAACCGGAUGACAAUGGCUACGUCAUCAGUUCUAAACAUCAGACUUGCUUCCUCUUCAAUUUCAGCUGUUUGGAGUCUAUUUCACAAUUCAGAUUCGAUGCAGAUGGUGGGAAAGAUACAAAAUGUAUCGAGACCGUACAGUAUGAAUGUCCAAUUGUGUUUUCACCUUUGUGCUAUAGGGAGGUCAUGUAUCAGAGAGAAGAGAUCAUCAAGAGACUCAAGUCGGAGUUUAAUAGGAAAAGCAAUUAAAAAUGUCUCGUUGCGGAAUAUUACGCAUCAGCUAUCGAUAUCUAGUAUGACCAACGUACGAGUGCAAAAUCCCGCAAUGACAAAGUGACGAAAAAAAAAA